AUGGACAGGAAAGCGUUCCUUGAUCAAGAGCCUCCGGCAGGGUAUAUUGCUGGUAUCGGUAGAGGUGCUGCUGGAUUUACAACAAGCGCUGAUACAGGGUCGGUCAGAAUCCAGCCAGGUAUUAUUGUCCUGGAUAACGAAGAAGAAGACAUAAAUGGAAGUAACGCAGAAGAUGAGAAUGAUGACGGAUUGUUAGGCAAAAAACUGAACAGAGACCAGGAUGAUGAAGAAGCUGAUAGAAUAUACGAAGAAAUUGACCGAAGAAUGGAGAGAAAACGCAAAGAUAAGACAUCUACAGAAGAAGAAACGGAAUUGGCAAGUGUUAAUAAUACAAAGGAGCAAUUUGCAGAUUUAAAGAGAGCACUAUCAGGAGUUAGCGAUGAACAGUGGGAAAAUUUGCCCGAGGUCGGGGAUUUAACCAGAAGAAAUAAGAGGGCAAGGCUUCUAGAACAGCAACAACAACGAUUUUAUGCGAUGCCAGACAGUGUUAUCGCAGGAGCAGGAAGUAUUGGGGGUGGUUCAAUUAGUAAAAAUAGUGUCACCGACUUUCAGUCAAUUUCUGGAGCAAAAGACAAGCUAUUGAGUAGGCAGCUUGAUAGUUUAGUCCCACAAAGUGCUAAUGAUGCUACGGAGGACAUUCAAAAUGAUAUAAUCGCGGAAGAGGAAUUAGUUAGUAAAGUGGGCGAUAUAAAGAAAGGCCGACUAAUUCUAUCAUCGUUGAGGAAAACCAACCCCUAUAAGGCUAAUUCCUGGAUUGCGUCUGCUAGAUUGGAAGAACAAGCAAAAAAUUAUACAGCGGCCAAGAACUUCAUUGUCGAGGGUUGUAGAAAGGUUCCUCACAGUGAAGACAUAUGGCUUGAAAGCAUUCAUAUUCAUCAAAAAUCCACUGAAGGAACCAAAAUGUGCAAAAUUAUAGUUACAGAGGCACUUAAGUUUAAUAAUACAUCAGAAAAACUAUGGAUUAAAGCAUUUGAAUUAGAGAAUGCUUCAGAUAUUGUGUCAAGACGCCGCAUAUUAAUGAAAGCCCUUGAAUUCCUUCCGCAGAAUGUAAAAUUAUGGGAAAGGCUUAUUGAUUUGGAGGAGGAUCCUAAGGAUGUGGCAAAAUUGCUACACAAGGCAAUUGAGUUAUGUCCAAAUGAAUGGACUUUCUGGAUUUCUUUAAUAAAUUUGUCUAAUUACGCUGAAUCAAAGAAUUUACUUAAUAAAGCAAGGAAAUCUAUGAGUGAUAACCAUAAAGUUUGGAUUGCAGCAGCGAAAUUAGAAGAGCGUGAACAUGAGGAUAUCUCAGUAAAGAAACUAAGCACGUUAAUGGAAAAAGGAAUUAAAAAACUAGAGAAUAGUAUCAGCGAUAAGUCCAAAUUAUUAUCUAGACAAGAAUGGUUGGGAGAGGCUGCAAACACAGAAAUCGAGGGCUUCAACAAGACUUGCCAGGCUAUCGUAAAUAACGUUUUAAAUAUUGAUAUUCCAUCUGAUCCCAAAGAAAAGUUAUCGAUCUGGUUUAAAGAAGCUGGUCAUUUUGCAAACCAAUCAAGAUUUGAAACAUCAAAUUGCAUUUAUCAAUAUAUCAUUGAGCAGUUUCCAAAUAAUUCAGAGUGCUGGAUGAGACUAUUUAGCUCUCUCAAGCAGAUAUCUCCUUUGAAUUUAGACAGAUUAUUCAGUUUCUAUGAGCAAGCUAUCAAACUAAAUCCACAGUUUGAAUUAUUUGCAUUGAUGUAUGCUAAAGAUAAAUGGAUUUUAGCUAAAGAUGUGGAUGGAGCAAGAGAAAUCUUGAAAGCCGCCAAUAAAGUAAUUCCAGAAAGUGAGGCUAUUUUACUAGCUCAAGUGAAGCUAGAAAUCAAAAACAUGAAUUAUGAAGCUGCAAAUAAGAUAUCUACUGCAACUGUUGAAUUGUUACCCGCUUCUUCGCCUCGUGUAUGGUAUAAACACAUACAUCUUAAGAGAGUGUUGAAUAUGAAAAGUCCCGAUAGCAAGUAUCGGGAAUGUAUCUUAUCGUUAUGCAAUGAAUCUUUAGAAAGAUUCCCUGAUUGUGACAAGCUUUACUUACAGAAAGGUCAAAUACUUCUUCAAGAUCUAAAGAAUAUGCAAAUUGCAAGGGAAGUUUAUUCUAUUGGUGUGAAGAAAUGCCCAAAAUCCAUUGAUUUAUGGCUUUCACUCGUAAGAAUUGAUGAAAGAGAAUUUAAAAUUUUGAUCCGAGCAAGAUCAAUGUUAGACACGGCCAUUCUAAAUAAUCCUACAAGUGAAGAACUCUGGAAUGAAAAAAUUGGAAUAGAGAGAAGAAAUAAUGAUAACAUAAUAGCAAGACAAAUUUGUAAUAAAGCACUUAGAGAUUUUCCUAAUUCUCCUCUUCUUUGGAUUCAGAAUUUACAGAUGAUUCCGAAGAUGUCACAGAGAAAAAAUGCAUUCCUAGAUGCUUUAAAGCUGACGGAUAAUUCACCAUUAGUCUUGCUUCAUAUUGGAAUAUUUUUUUGGUUAGAUGGAAAAUUCAUGAAGGCUAAAUCGUGGUUUGAAAGAGCCUUGAAUGGUGAUAAAAAUAAUGGUGACUGCUGGGGAUGGUUAUUCAACUUCAUAGAUAAACAUGGCUCCGAUUCAGAGAAACAAACUCUAUUAGAGAAUUUUGAAAAGCAAUAUGAAGGGAUAAAUAAAGGUAGAACAUGGAAUUUAAUCAAUAAGAAGGUGGAAAAUUUUGAAAAGACGCCUACUGAGCUACUUCUGCUUGUAGGCAAACAAUUAAUUACUGCAUCAACUGUAUAG